AUGGAGUGUUUCUCAAAGAAUGAUGAAGGCAAACUUGAUAAGCUUAUUUUUAUUCAUCGUUUUGCAUUUACUAUCGCUUAUGUGGACAAUCGCAUUCACUCGGCUACAUUUUCCUCCACGUACGGCAGCCGUUCCAUUGACUGGUUUUUUGAUAUAUCAUGCGAUCGCCGGGCACCACAAAUUCGACUUGCUCAGCGACGUAUGCGAAUCGACGAAACUUACCCUCCGGGCCUUAUCCUUCUUAAAUACUAUGCUGUUUCUAGGAAGUAUGAUCAAAUCAAUGAACUGGAAAUGCAAGAAAGACCGUUCAGUGGUUUAUUUGUUGUUCCAGAAGAUAGUGAAUUCUUUCGGACGAUUUUCAGUACCCUCCAUUCGCAGACGUUUGAUGGCGGUGAAGUAGUUCUUACUGUGAGAAUUAUUUUCAAAGUUAAAGACUUUUUCGGAACGCUACGACGCCACGAGAGGGCUCCACUGAUCCACAUCCUCGAGAACGACUUUCGAUCAGUGGCACUGGAACAAAUUUUGAGUGCUCAAAGGGAUUUCAAAAUUAUAGCCAAUGAUGGCGAGAUCAAGACAUCAAAAUAUCUGCUUUAUUUAUCAACAAAUUACUUUCAUGAGCUGAUCACAGCAAACCCGUUUACAUCCUCUGCUGUCCUUGAUUUUAAUCGAGAAAUUAUUGAAAAGGUUCUCGACUUUGCAUUCAAAGGCACCUACGAUAUGGAAGUACAGCUAAUUGACAAAGUUCGAAGGUUCCUGCAAUGUGUACGUAGGAUAAAACCUCUGAAACAGACUGAAAUUAUCAACCACAUAUCCGUCAAACUCAAUGAAAUUCUCCUAAAAAAUUGGAAAAGUGUCACUUUGGAUGACGCCGUCAAAAUAUUGGAUAUCGCUUAUGAGCAGCAAUUUGCCAGUCUUCUCGAUUCGGCAAUGAACCUUAUCGUUGAUCAAUACUUCAUUGACUUUCGACUGAGAUACAAUGAACAUUCGGAAGGUGAGAACGGAGAGCUAUUUCGACGGUUGAACCACUCGGAGAUUGCCGAUUUCCUGGCUCCGACAAACGUAAUGCUAACAAGUUAUCGAAAACGUGGUUCUGUGACACGAAUUUUGAAAUAUAAAACAAAAGUGCCUCCAAAAAGACAGUUCAUUGAGUGA